AUGGACACGCAAGGCUCUGCUCCCGCCCCUCCUAUUUUCCGGGCUGUCGCCAGCUCUACGAGGCCGCUGUACCAGCUCCUCAAGGCGAUCAAUUUUACAAAUAAGGUGCACGUCGAUGUCACAGACAACGGCUUGAGGUUUGCGGCCGACCAUGCUCGCGUCAUGCAAGGGGUUGCCCAUUGGACCAAGAGCCUCUUUACCAGCUACACGACGAACCUUCCCUCUCCCGCCACCCCCGCCGACGACGCCGAAGAAGAUGACGAAGACGAUGAAGUCACGCCCCCAACGUUCCAAAUAUCCCUCCCCGCCCUUCUCGAAACCCUCCAGAUAUUCGGCGCCGCCGACGCCGCGGCGCGCCAGGCCAAAGCCGACGUCGACCCCUACCGCAGCAACCUGCGCAACUACCGGUCCGACGCCUUCUCCAACCAGACGCUCGGCAUGUCGGGCACCUGCUCGCUGGCCUACGCGCAGGAGGGCGAGCCCUUCAGCAUCGUGCUGGACGAGGCCGGGGUCAGCACGACGUGCAACCUGACGACGUACGUGCCCGAGGCGCCCGACGACAUCCCCUUCGACAUGGACGACCUGUCCUUCAAGAUGAUCACGUCGGCGCGCUGGCUGCUCGACGCCCUCGCCGAGAUGGCCCCGACCAGCCCCGAGAAGCUGACCAUCGCCGCCUGCAGGGCCGAGCCCUACCUGCGCCUGACCAGCUCCGGCGGCCCGCUCGGCUCCAGCACCGUCGACUUCGCCAACGGCCGCGACCUGCUCGAGACCUUCUCCGUGGGGGCCCGGUGGGUGCAGACGUUCAAGUUUGAUAUCAUCAAGUCCGCUAGCGAGGCCAUGCGCAUCGCGAGCAAGGUUAGCUUGCGCGGGGAUGGGCAGGGCGUGCUCAGCAUGCAGUUUAUGGUGGAGGUGGAGGGGUCCAAGCCGUGCUUUUUGGACUUUCGGUUUGUGCCGUAUGCCGUGUGUGAGGAUGAGGGGGAGGAUGAGGAGGAGGAAGGGCAGGAGGGAAUGGAUACGGAGGCAUAG